AUGAAGAUUCUUCCACUACUCGUUGCUUCGACACUGUUAUUUUCACUUCUGGACAUGUCAUCUGCGUUGGCAAGGACUAUCCUGAUUACGGGUGCAACGGAUGGUAUCGGACAACACACAGCCAAGAAGUUGGCAGCUGAUGGAAACAUUCUGCUCGUUCAUGGCCGACGACCCAAUGUUGGCGCUGAUCUGGUCCAGGAUUUGAAGACGCGAGGAGCCAAAGAGGUCUACUAUUUCAAUGCUGAUCUAUCCGAUUUGGAUCAAGUGCAUGUUUUGGCGAAGGAAGUAUCUGAGACUACCGAAGCCAUUGAUGUCCUGAUCAACAAUGCAGGUGUCUUUGAUCCCACUCCAGCCCACAGCGUCCAAGGAUAUGAUAUGACUUGGGCAGUCAAUGUCAUGACACCAUUUCUACUGACUCGUAAACUUCUACCACUGGUUGCCAAUUCAAAAGACGACUGCCCGCGCAUUAUCACCACCUCUUCCAUCAGUCAAUCCUCGUCCUUACCCCCAUUGGAGGAACUCUUUGAGACAAAUGAAAUUGCCAAGAGUGGACAUAGAGCCUACAGUGAUAGCAAACUCGGUGAUUUGAUGUUUACCGUCCAAUUAGCCAAGAUUCUGAUGAAGAGUGCUGAUGAAAAGUAUCAAAAGAUCAAGUGCUUGACCAUGGAUCCAGGAACGGUCAACACCAAAAUGCUGCUUGCGGGAUGGGGGGCAUGCGGAAUCGAUGUGCGGGAUGCCAACAACACCUACAAACUAGCAACUGAGUAUGGUGCUAAACAAGAGUCUGGAACAUACCACUUUGGGGGGAGAGGGUCGAGUGAUGCUAAAUCUGACGACAAGUUGAAUUCAUUGUGGAAAGCAUUAGAGACCCAUACUGGAUGUACAUAUGAUGACAUAUGA